CUACAACGAAAAGCAAACUGUUUUUUUUCUUUCCUGAGCUAGUGUGUUGUAUCUUGACAUGUUCCCUUGCAAUAUCCCUAUCGUUAUAUAUUCCUCUGUGCCGUAUGAAUUGGCUGGGAAUCUCCUCCUGCAACCCCUCCUCAAACAACCAUGUGAAUUUCCAAACCACCCCAUGCGUGACGCUGGCUGCUGCGCUGGUUUGAAAAUGUGAUUGGUGAAUGCUGAAUUCCCGGGCUGCCUGGGCCAGCAGCGGAGUCGACAGAGCAGCAGAAGGGCCAAGAGUGUGGAGGACGACGACGAGGGGCAUCUGAUCUAUCGCGUCGGCGACUGGCUACAAGAAAGAUACGAGAUAAUUAGCACCUUAGGGGAAGGCACGUUCGGCAGAGUGGUGCAGUGCGUCGACCACCGCAGGGGUGGUGCGCGCGUUGCCCUGAAAAUCAUCAAAAACGUGGAGAAGUACAAAGAGGCUGCGCGCCUGGAGAUCAACGUGCUGGAGAAGAUCAACGAGAAGGAUCCCGAGAACAAGAACCUCUGCGUGCGGAUGUUUGACUGGUUUGACUACCACGGCCACAUGUGCAUCUCCUUCGAGCUGCUGGGGCUCAGCACCUUCGAUUUCCUCAAGGACAACAACUACCUGCCUUACCCCAUCCACCAAGUGCGGCACAUGGCCUUCCAGGUGUGCCAGGCUGUGAAGUUUCUGCAUGACAACAAACUCACGCACACUGACCUCAAGCCCGAGAACAUCCUCUUUGUGAACUCGGACUACGAGCUCACCUACAACCUGGAGAAGAAGCGGGACGAGCGGAGCGUGAAGAGCACGGCCAUCCGAGUGGUGGACUUUGGCAGUGCCACGUUUGAUCACGAGCAUCACAGCACGAUCGUCUCUACCAGGCAUUACCGGGCCCCCGAAGUCAUACUGGAGCUUGGCUGGAGCCAGCCCUGCGACGUGUGGAGCAUCGGCUGCAUCAUCUUUGAGUAUUAUGUGGGUUUCACCCUGUUCCAGACACAUGACAACCGGGAGCACUUGGCCAUGAUGGAGAGGAUCUUGGGGCCAAUUCCUUCUCGGAUGAUCCGGAAGACGAGGAAACAGAAGUAUUUCUACCACGGCCGCCUGGACUGGGACGAGAACACGUCUGCAGGCCGCUACGUCAGGGAGAACUGCAAGCCGCUGCGGAGAUACCUCACCUCGGAGGCCGAGGACCAUCACCGCCUCUUCGACCUCAUCGAGUGCAUGCUGGAGUACGAGCCGUCCAAGCGCAUCCCCCUGGCCGAGGCCCUCAAGCACCCCUUCUUCGACAUGCUGGAGAUGGAACCAAGCACAAAAAUGUGGGACUCUAGCCGAGACAUCAGCCGGUGACGCCACAGGUGCCAGCCUGC